GCGGAGAUUCGUCCGGGGUCGUUGAUGUUACCCCGACUUCUCGGCCGUUACAUGAUCGGCGCGGGUGAAGUCAUAUUUGCUGCCUCAGGCAUCCAGCCAAUUGCGCGUGUUACGCAUCGUCAUCUCUGACCUCACGCUUCGUCCAAACGAUAAGAUGCCGGCGGCUUGACUUGCCUUUGCGACAAGCCAAUAUCUUGCUUUCUCUCUUGUUACUUACGUGCGUACGGACAGCGAACUUGUCAUUCUUUCUCAAGCGCGUGUAUCUCUUGUGCAACUUCAGCUCGUCUUGUUCUUUUCCCCUUGGACAUCGGCAUUCCCUAAUCAACACCAGCUCUUAUCGGCACGACAAGACGGCUGCAGCAACCAUUGGCCAUGAUAGUACUCAACACCGCAGCUGGCCCGUUGCCAUUGACUCUCACUCGCUUACUGCAAUAGUCUGCCAGCCGCAAACAUGGAUACGCGCGCCUUAAGAGAAAUCACCAAAGUCCUCCAGACCGACUUCAACGCGAAGAAAUCCCUCCUCUCCCUCCCUGCCGAAACCCGCCGCAUGCUCCAAAGCUUCAUCGACGAGUUCGACGACAAGUCCGAGACCGAUGAUGCGCAGCCGGCCAAUCUAUACCUCAAGGGAUUUUGGGAGAAAUAUGUCCGAGACACACCGCAGAAAUUCGGCAUGUUCAUGGGGGUGGUGAGGGAAUUGCGACCUGCGAUUGCGCAUAGUGAGGUACAACGCUGGACGAAUACGCUCGCAUUUCCCAUCCUCAACAGUACCGGUCAUGCCAAAACAGCUGUCGAGGAUGCUGCAGAGUUCUUGAUCGGGUUUAUGCUGUACGAUGAAGAGCAGGAAGACAUUACUUCACAGGCCCAGCGUUCAGGGGAAAUAUGCAAAAGGCUAUGGGACAUCUACUCCGACCGAACCAGCAUCUUGGCCACCUCCGAUCCGCUUGAGGCGUCAGACAAUGCCCAGGUAGCCCAACAGGUCGAAGACGUCCUGAUUGCGUUCGGCCGGAAGAAACCAAAGGACCUGUUCAAUCUGCUCGACACCUACAUCAUCACAUCCGACACCCGCUUGCGAUCGCUGUCACUCCUGACCUCUUUUCUCCGACACGAAACUCCCCACCUCUACCUUGUCUUGGAUACACCCCUCGUCGGAAGUCUCCUGACAUGUCUCAUGAACGACACAUAUACUGCUGUCCUCUCAAUUGCACUCACCUCCCUCAUCAUGUUGCUGCCUCAUAUUCCAGGCUCACUCGGCCCUCAUCUACCGCGAUGCUUCCUCGUCUACACCAGGCUACUGUGUUGGGAGAAGUUCAGCGACUUCAGCACGGAAGAGCAAAAGAGCCUGGUGACCGACGACCGUGUAUCUCCGGAGGACGAAGACGAGGAUUCUGAUGGAGUCGUGAGAUCCGUGGGCAUGGAUGCAAGUUGGCAACGACUGAGGUCGCCGGAAGGCACAAUGGAAGCCUCCACGCCAGAGAUCAUGACUUACUUCACAUCUUUGUACGGCCUCUACCCUCUCAAUCUCAUGAGCUACGUUCGAAAGCCACGGCGGUAUCUUAGAAACAUCGAAUUCCCGGGCGCCGAAUCUUUUGAUCUGGAUCGGACCGUCAUUCGCUCUCGCACUGAGCAGUUUCGAGAGGUUCAUCUCCUCCACCCUAACUUCUACAACACCACGGCGGAAGAAGAGCUCGUCGAUCCGAAAUGGCCAAAGAUGGACCCCGCGGACGUGGUCGGAGAAUGCGAAGCCCUAUGCAUGCAUUCAAGGGCGUCAGCGAAGAACUCUGCGCCAUCAUCGAUCACCAAGCUACCCGGGGCGCUACAAAUGCGUCACGAGACCAUGAGGCUCAAUGGACAAUUGUCUCCCACCGCAAGUCAGACAAGUCUCCGGUCCAGUGCUAGCUGGCGCGAUACACAAUCGACUACAGCAUCUGUCAAAGGGAAGACCGAUAGCCCCAUCGUCAGGCCUCGCAGCAUGCUUGGCGACGAAGAAACCCUCCAUGAGCAACAUCCGUUAGACGCCGUCAAAGAGAAGCCGACUGAACCCCCUCAAACAAAUAUCGAGUUUCUACAGCGCGAGCUCUCCACCAUUCGCAACGAGCUCAACUUUGAGCGCUGGCACAAAGCACAAUAUUCCCAACACAUCGGCCAGAUCAUGCGACGCAACAUCAAAGGCGCCACGGUAGAAGCAGAAACACUGAACCUCAUCAACGCCAACCGCGCUCUCAAGAAGCAACUCGAGCAGCUCCGCAAAGCUCGCGAAGCUACAAUCAAAGACUCUGCUCUCACUCGAAGACAAGCCAAUAGCUUGGAAGCCAACAUGACGGAGCGCUUCAACAGUCUCAAGAUCGAGCAGGAGACUUGGCAAGCGGAUGCGGAUGAGCUGCGACGCUUGCGGGCGGAGGUGAGGCAGUACCGUACUCUGCUCGUCACUAGUGAAAACCGCGAGACAAACACCGGACAUCGGCUUCUACUUGCCCAGCGCGAUCUGGAGGAGCUGCAGGCCGUGAGGGAGAAGCUGGAGCGUGCAUUGAGCAGGAUCCAUGAGUUUGAAUCCAGGGAAUUUGAAUUCGAGAUCGCGCUACGAGAAAGAGACCUUCUGAGGAAGGAGACGAAAGGCGCAUCAAACGCCACAUCGCCCGCAACUAGUGCACGAUCCGCGCGCCGCUCGAGUGAACCCGGUCUGCGCGGGUUCACUGGCGCUCCUACGAGAACUGCUGCAUCGGCCGAUACUCACUUACCGCCGCCCUCGCCUACAAGACGCCACGAUGGCGCCGCGACUCCCAAGCACCGACUUGAAGCCGAGGGGAGUAGGAGAGGCAGCACGCAGAGCAACAAAUCUCGAUCCAAGGCGAGCGGGAGGUGGGAUCUCGAGGCGAGCUACUCAAGCUCAUUCAAGGGGGCGAUGGCAUCUGGCUUGAGCUCGUCGAUGUUUGAUAAGUAGGUGGGCGGUUGAUGAGUACGAUGGAGUGAAUUGGAGCGAGCGGGAUGGAGUAUCGGUGCUGGAUGGCAUAGGAAAAGCGACUCUCUUCGUUCUGAUGCAAUU